ACCUUCCUCCCAGGUUUGAGCAGUUCUCGAGGACGCGCCCUGAGAAUCCACGUGCACUCGCAGAGUGGAAUGCCAGUUCGCGCGCUUGCUGUUGCGAAGGGCGAUAGCGUCGCGAACGAGCGCGCAUGCAAGCGGAUCAGAGGAGACGCGCGUCACGAACCCAUUCCGCAGAGAUGCUGAAGGAGCCGCGGUAAUAAAGCGACGUUUACGAAAACACGGCGCUGUUUGCGCAUAUGUCAGAGAAAAGGACAUCUCCCGCCGUACUCAUGGAUGAACAUUCCGCAUAUAUACACCAUUUGACGUCUUCGACAUGAUUUUAAAGCGCAUUUUGUGAGAAUUAUAAACCACACCCGGCGCUGUGAGGAACGGGACUGAGAGUGCACCACACGGCUCCAAUGCCAGACCCAAACCCCUGUCGCUGGCGUUAGGGGACAAGCUCGGAGCAGACCACAGACAGGAUGAGCACAGGGCUGGAGCAGACAGACAUCCUGUCCCCGGGCAUUCUGGUGAAGGACCGAUGGAAAGUAGUGAAGAAGAUUGGCGGUGGCGGCUUCGGCGAGAUCUACGAGGCUCUGGACCUGAUGAACCGCACCUGUGUGGCUCUGAAAGCAGAGUCAGCUCAACAACCCAAACAGGUCCUGAAGAUGGAGGUGGCUGAAUUGAAGAAACUGCAAGGAAAGGAUCACGUCUGUCGGUUUGUUGGAUGUGGCCGCAAUGAUCGCUUUAACUAUGUUGUCAUGGAGCUUCAGGGCCGUAAUUUAGCGGAUCUGAGGAGGAGCAUGAACCGUGGCACUUUCACAGUCAGCACUACACUCAGACUGGGUCUACAGAUACUGGAGGCCAUUGAGAGCAUCCACUCAGUGGGCUUUUUACACCGUGACAUCAAACCGUCCAACUUUGCCAUGGGCCGAUUUCCUAACACAUGUCGAACUUGCUACAUGUUAGAUUUUGGUUUGGCACGCCAAUUCACAAACUCCUGCCAAGAAGUCAGACCGCCCCGUCCUGUUGCAGGGUUUAGGGGUACAGUGCGAUACGCCUCAGUCAACGCCCACAAGAACAAGGAGAUGGGAAGACAUGAUGACUUGUGGUCUUUGUUCUACAUGCUGGUGGAGUUCUUGGUUGGGCAACUCCCCUGGAGGAAAAUAAAAGACAAGGAACAAGUGGGGAAAAUAAAAGAGACGUAUGAUCAUCGGCUUAUGUUGAAACACCUGCCCCCAGAAUUCAAUGUCUUUCUGGACCACACCAGCAAUUUGGACUACUUUACCAAACCUGACUAUCAGCUACUGAGGAACGUUUUUGAGAAUAGCAUGAGAACAUACAACGUAGUGGAAAAUGACCCGUAUGAUUGGGAAAGGAUGAACUCAGAUAGCCCACUGACAAACAUCGCCACGGCAAACACGCCACAGCACCACACACGCCUCACACCAGCUCAGAUGGGCGUUGUGAACGCCUCACAGGUGCCUGGAGAUCUUCUGAAGGAGAACACGGAUGAAGUUCUACAAGAUGAGCAUCUCAGUGAUGGGGACAAUGCUCGGCCCGAGCACCUGCCUGGAUCUCCGAGCCUUCCUUUUAGGAACCAGGAGACUGAUGUCUGUGAGGACCUGGACCGCAACCGGAACCGAAUCUGUCCCGCUGUCUGGAAGAUGGGAACAGAGGAUGAACAUAGCAACCAAGGCAAUCAGAGUCCCAAUGCAGGGCCUAGCAUUGGUUCACCAGUGCGAAUCCGGUCAGAUGUGGUGCCCUCAGAUAGAGACCCUCCUCUUUUGAGGAAACUGCGCAACAUCCAUAGCUUUGAACUGGAGAAGAGACUAACUUUGGAGCCCAAACCCAACACUGAGCAUUUUGUAGAGGCCUGUUCUGCCAAGCAGCCACCUGGUACAGCACAGGAACGGGAAGCUGAUGGUGUCCCUGGCAUGGCUAUGUUGAAUGGAAGUCACACAGAGCGUGUUUGGCACUAUGAUGAGGAAUUUCGCUCUGGCGGUGGCUCGCCCAAGCCUGCUUCACCGGGAUCUCCUGAGCAGGGCGAUGAUGCAGCUAACAGUGGCUUUGUCGCUCUAAACCUGAGCUCAGGUCUACAAGAUGUUGAGUUGCGUGAUUGGGUGAUGGUAGAGAAGGGCUCUGACCUGCGGGACUUCAAAGAGGUGGCAGGACGUAGCCCUGGUCCUGAGGCUAAACUCACAAGUAGCCCAUCAGAUGAGUGUGAAGAGGAGCCAGAAGUUUUGCAGCCAAUGGAUGAAUCUCCGGAUAAAGAAUCCACUCCUAGUCCCGUACAAGGAGACACCCACAUACCUCACACAGUCCAGGGCCCACAAAGGAUGGAUCGGUUGGAGCUCAGUGUAUUCCCUACUGCUGGUGGACGCCCUGUUACCCCCACCAGCCCUGGUGAGGCACUGGCUGAAGGAGCUCUCACACAGCUGCCCACCUCUCCUGCAUCCCAAAAUGAGGAGCUUGUGGCGAGGACGUGCAGCCCCCUGCACCUGCGCUCCCCUAGCCCACACACCUUCCUGAUCACCCUGUCGGACCCCCUACACCAGCGUGCCCCACCUGGGAUGCAGCGCAGCCAAUCUGCAGACCACCAACACCACCCUUCCUCUUCCACCUCCUCUUGCCAUGCCUGGCUGCCACUACCCUCCCAGCCCCGUGCUGACCAUUCACCUGGACGCAGAAAACUUCCUGCCAUUCCAGCGACUGCUGCAAACACUAAGUUCCCCUCAGUCAUACGAAUCACCCGCGCUCAGCUUCAGCAGCUGACAGCUCAGCGACCCUCUGUGCUGUCCUCCCAAUCUGCAUCCGACAGCGUUCCACUGGAGAGACAUGAUACUGAAAAUGGUAACAUUGAGAUGCAUCCACAAGACAGCACAGCUGACAUCAACUCCCCACAGGAGCAUGUUGCCUUCCAGCCCACCAGCCCCUCUAAUGUUGAAGGGGAUCCUUUGCUAAAUGGGAAUGGACCUCAGAAACCUUCAAGCCCAGUGCCAAGCCUGUUGCCGUCUCCAUGCACACCUCCCACUCCGCGUAGCCCAGUUCUGAUGAACGGCUGUCUUACACCUCCUUUGGAUACACAGAGAGAUGGCAACAAGCAGCCUCCUAAACUAAAAGACCCAAAAAGUGAUCCUCCCAUCCUUGAGCACUCCAUCGAGCCCAACCAGUACACUCUGGAGGAAGGAAAGGAAGAUGCUCCUUCCAGAAACGCCCCCUCUUCUCCAGCCUCCACUCCCAAACAAGACCCUAAUCGUCGGCACAGCCGUAUCCCAGUGUUAGAACCAUCUAGCCUUCUGGAUCCACCACCUGGAUCUGCUAAAGAGAAGUUGCUGCAGAGGAAGGUUCACCACAUUCCACUUUCACCCUCUGCUUCCCCGUCGUUAUCCUCUGACAGGCGUGUCAUUGUGGCUGCUAUGCAGCGGGACCAGAUUUCUUCUGCCUCUUCUGAACGCUCUCAAGAUGAAGAGUCGCUUCUGGGUUCUCGUUCCGAUCGUCAUGGAGAUGAUGCUGCCUCACUGUCCUCAUCCUCUAGCCCACUUUUACGGAAGAGCAAGAUACCGCGCCCAGUUACCCCCACAUCGAACGCGGAAACCAUUACUGCACACUAUGUGCCCCGUCCACCACCAGGAAAACCUCCUAGCCGCUCCACUGGGGAUGGAAGGCUACGGCGGUACAGGAUUCUUGCCGGCUGCAACAGUGACUCAGAUCUGCUGACAUGUUUGGCCCAGCUAAUGCACGCCAGCUCGCCCCGUCACUCUCCGCACCCCAGCUGCUCCUCCCCCAAGCACAUGGGCGUGAAGCAUGUGUUCGUCGGUCCCACCGCUGCUCAGCACCUCCACCAGCGCAGCUCUAGUGCCUCGCCCCGCAGCUCCUCCUCACUACAGCGCUCCAUCAGCUCUUCCCCGUCCUGCCACGAGCACCGCGGUGGCUGUCUGGGCCGCAGCCAUUCUCCUCCCAGUUUCUCGGGCUCACCUCCUCUGCGCCGCUCUCAUCCUCACACACAGGAAGGAUGGUGUGGGAGACAGGCCCGCUCCGUCACUGUACACACCCAACGGGGCAAAGCUGGCAUCCGUGAGGUCAGAUGCUCGAGCAAGCUGGGCAGAUAGUCAACCACAGGUUUCAGACACUGGCAGAAGAAGUGAAUGAGUGAAAUUGGGACCUUAAAAAAUAUUUGAUUCUCAUUCCCUCGCACAUCUGCAGCUUUUGCGACUCCUUUGUGUUCUCUCCAUCAAUAGACUCAAUUUUUAGAUGCUGGCUUUGAGGAACUGACCAGAGUCACUUUCAUAACAUGGGAGGUUAUACGUGAUGGUGAUUGGCUGGAUCUUUAAUAGUUUAUAGUUUGAUUUCUUUCAAAUAUUCCAGAGCUUUUAUGAAGAUUAUUGUAUCAUGAACUAUGUGAGGUUUGCAUCAAGAUCGGCUGUACUACAGUAUUUAUUAUGGUAUUUAUUUGGGCUUUGAUGCAUUGCAGCCCUCUCUGAGCAGUGGCGGGUACACUGAUAGAUCAUGCCAUCAUUAACCCUUUCUGUGCCCGUGCUUUGGCUACUGUCAGCACUAACACAUGGCCUGAAACACUGUACGCAAGUCUGUGAACUGAAAUGCUGUGGUUGCAUGUUGUUGCAUUUGAAAUCUGUGAAACAAAAAUCAUUCAUUAGUGUUCUUACAUGGGAAAGGUUUAUUUUUAGCUCAACUAAUAUCAUGAGCGGAGCAACAGUUAGAAGAGAACAUUGCUGAGUUAGCUUUCUAAAAACUUAAUGAGAUGGUUCACCACAAAAUGAGAAUUCUGUCCUCAUUUACCCACCCUCAUGUUGUUCCGAAACGUUCUGUGGAACAUACGAGAAAAUGUCAGAAAAUGUUUUUUGAAACUACAUAAAGGUGAGUAAAUGAUGACAGAAUUGUCAUUUUUGGGUGAACUGUGCUAUGUUCAAUGGGACCAUGCAUUUGUACUUGCAUAGACUGUUUCUGACAUCUCUAAGUUGGCAAGAGGAAGCGUUCUUCCUUUUUCAAGAAAUGGUGACCUCUAAAACACUGAAGAAACAAAAAAAGUGUUUUUGCACUUUGAUGUGCCUAAAGAAGUUUUGCUUUGGAAUAUACAGUACAGUUAUAUAGGGCAGGCUCAAGCUUACAGAAUCUGGAGUCACUAACUAUUUGUUAAUUUUGUUUUUCUGUAGAGCCUCUGGUAUUCCACAGCAAUGUACCGUUUCCAGCAGAACAAAGCGUCAUAUAAGUCACACCUAUUUUUGACUGGUUAUUUGCAGGCCCUCAUAUAAUCUAUGCCUGUUAUACCUAGCAGAAAACUCGACUUAAAACCGGACCAUCCAUCAAGUUCUACAUAGUAGAUUGCAUUUUUGAAUAUAAAAUAUUUUAGUUUAUACCAAAAUCUCUCAACUUAAUGUGAAAACGGAAGGUUUUAAAGUGCCAAUACUUUUCCUAUUUCUUAUUUUAUGGGAAGAGUUCUGAUACUGAUACAGUGGCCAAUAUUCAAGGAUUAAACGUAUAGUUUUAAUAUCUUUUGUGCCAUAUGAUAUCCAAUUGAACAAAAUGGAACAAAUGUUAGUUUUACAUAACAAAACUUCAACAUGUUUGGGCUGCUAUUUGCCAUUUGUCACUCAUAUCAAAGUUUUAUAUGUUUCAGAGUUCAUUAAAAAAUAAUAAUGCAUAUUUUCAAAAAGCAUGCAUCUAAUUCCCUUCAAAUGCUGGAACAAUAAGUUACACAGCUGUCUUCCUUCUCCGCCUGUAAAAUGCUGUAAUAUAGCGUCCACUUCCCAUAGAAGGCCAACUCUUUGCAUGAGCUACAGGAAAAUAACAAAACGCUGCCAUGUACAAUAAACCCAGCUUACAAGUUUUCAUAUAUCUGGAGUUUGUAGCCUGAUAAUUUCUGCCAGCUUGUAAAUAGGGACUUCAUGUUUAUUUUCCUAUCUGUCCUCUGGUUGGUGUCUUAAAUAUAUUCUCUCAAUCUCACUACCCAUGUUUUAACUUUAUAUCAGCACUUGCAGAGAGAACUUGCAGAGUGUACUUACUCAAUCCUCAGCUGGUUAAUAUGCAUUUAUGAGUAUGAGGGUGUAAUCUGGUAGGUAAUUUACCAGAGCCUGUGGGAUAUCAGCAUAUGGCAUCAUACAAAUAUUACCCCCCCCCAUAUAUAAAAACUAUAUAAGUCAGGUCAAUGUCAUGCCGUUUCAUUUCAAUUUCAUUGACAAACCCCUUUGCCUUGUUUCAAAUAAAAUCAAUGUAUUUAGUGAUUAGUUAAAUGCAAUUCAGUAUACUGGUUUUAUCCCAUCCAAAGCAAACUGUUUCAUUGCUUGAUGGAUCUCGACUGUUGUUUUUUUCAUGCAUUUUGUCUCCAUAUUGAACACUUAAACUGCACAGUACUGUUUUAACUAUGAACUGAAAUGUAAUAUGUGUAGUACAAUUUCUGUUUGCAUUUCAUCUCUAACAAUUCAAAGGCUGAAUUUCUCUAUUACUGCUCUAUUAGUAAUUGUCACAAAAUGACAAGCAAUGAUGUAACCGUAUGAGAAAAGAAAAUGCAGUUUUACAUCUGUAUAAUUUUUUAUUAUUUAUUUUUUCUUACGAUUUGUGAAGUUAGAUGUACAGUGUACAAAAGAAUGUUAUGGGGUGGGACAUUGUACAUUAUUGUAAUUAUUUGUGUUAAUUUUUAUUUGUAUCAUAAAUGCCUUGUACAGUGUUAUUUUUUUUCGUUAUUUUUUUCAGUUAGAAUUAUUUUGUAUUUUAUUUUUAUAAACUUACUAUGAAUACACUUUUCAUUCAGCAUGCCAACAGAGGUCCCUGAACAUUAAAUGUCUCUAAAAUUAUUUUAAAUUCUGAACUCUAAAGUGCGAACGGGGUCCUUGUGACUUUUUUAUUGAAAAUCUAACGUGAAUUUCUCCCAUAGAGCUUUAUGUUUUAUUGAAACAGUUACCAUAGAAACCAGACCUGAUUACGUAAAAUCUCUUACUUUAAACAACCACGUUUCUCGAAAUGUUUUACUUCGCAGUUAUCCUCUCUCGGCUCUGAGGCUGGACUCAGUGAAGAAGAGAAAGAGCUGGUGUGUCUGCACGGUCGGGCCGCUGGGUUGACUGUCAGUGGAUGUGCCCAUGCUGUAACGUUAUUUGCCUAUGAACUUUCCCGUUCAUAGAG